GACAUGAGGAGAGAGCGGUUGUCCACCAAGCCGCGCUUCCGCUCUCCGCCAACUCGCAGGGUCGGGCCGACAUCGAUUCACAACACCCCCUAGCUGAUUUGUUUCUCUAAUAGAACAAUUUCCUGUACGACAUGGAAAGCCUACGGGAUAUCAGUGAGGAUCCCCCUCUCCUGCUGCCGUCUCUUCGCCUCUUCAUCCCUCCUCUCCGCCUGGUGUCUGCAGCCAUGUGGCACAUCGUGCAGAGUGGAAGCGUGCAGGACUACGGCAUGGUGGAGGAGUUCGUCAGCACGGUCACAGAAAUGGUGCCUGAGCUGCUGAACGCAGAUCAGAAAGCUCAGCUCCUCCUGGGCCUCAGAGCACGGGUUGUUCUUGAGUUGUGUCGGUCUGAGCAGAUCGCAGACACAGAAUCCAUACAGAUGCAUCUGGACCGCAUAAAGACCCUUGUAGCAACAUGGGCUGCACAGCCAUGUUUUUCAGAUGUCCAGUUUCCCGAGUCAAACUUUGUGGAUCACGUUGAGUUGUUGCUGAAGGACCCUGAAGAGAAGGAGAAGUUCUUCCAGGAUGUUUUCCCUACAGACUUUGGACUGGAUUACGACAACGCUCUGCAGAUGCUGAUGUUGGAUUUCCUGUCCAGACUGGAGAAGCUCCUCCCACUUCCAGAUAUUCAACAGACAGCCUCCAUGCUCAGUGCUGUCCCCUCUGCCCUGGAGGAGUGUGCACACUCCGUACCCGACCCCCAGCAUCUAAAAACUGUGCUGCGUUACCACACAACACUUGGACUUUGUGAUUUUUCUGAUGAAACUCAGACCAUUCCGUCCACAUUUGGAAACUGUAUCCUGUCUUCGCUGUCUCUUCCUCAGCUGGAGAAAAUCGUUAUCCAUCCUGACCAAAUAGAGUUGCAACCUUCUUCAGAAAUGCCAGGUUGUAUGACCGUCCAGGUGGAGGGUGAAACCGUAACGCUGCUCGACUACAUUCAGAUCGAGCAGCCGUCUGGUCUGGAUGAGUGCGACGAUCAGGAAGAAACCGAGUUAAGUUUCGAGGAAGCCACCGCCCACGAGGAUUUAGGCGACGCCUUAAAGCCUGCAGCUUUUCAACCACUGAAGCAGAGCAAGAGGCUCGAGCUAAAAAGAAAAUCGUUCAAAGAGAACGAUCAAGGGGCGGCUAAGAGGCUACGGAAAAAAUACCCCAGCACCAAAACGUGUCCCGUGUGCAACAAGACGUUCCUGCGAGCUGCGGCCAUGAGGCGGCACCUGGAAAUUCACAGUGCAAACCGCAACUUCAAGUACAAGUGCAGCAGCUGCGACAAACAAUUCAGGGACCAUUACGACUUGAACCGACACGCGAUGCGUGUUCACGAGAAGGGAGACUUGAGCAGCAAUCCUAAAGACGAGGACUUGGAGGAUCCCUGCACCUCAGAGAUGUUGGAAAGUAAAACCUGCUCGCUGUGCGGGAAGUAUUUUGCCCGCGAAGUAGACAUGAAGCGACACUUGAAGUCCCACUCAGAGGACCGCCCCUAUAAGUGUUCCUUCUGCGACAAGAAGUUCAAGAACCCUUACAUCUUAAAGAGACACGAGAAUGAGAUCUGCAAGAGCAGAGAGGUGAAAAGGCCCAAGAGGAAAGAGGCACCACUCCCAGACAUGGAGCCAUCUUCAGAUGUGUCUGUUGAAGGUAAAAUCUGUCCCAUCUGCAACAGGAUCCUUCCAUCCACUGCAGACUUCUCAAAGCAUUUACGAUCCCAUUCCGAAGACCGUCCCUUCAUCUGCCUCACGUGUGAAAAGGGCUUCAAGUACAAAGACACAUUGAGGAAACACCAGAUCAUCCACAACCACGAGGGCACCAGGGAAGAGCAGUGCAAAACCGUGGAACAGAUCCUUGCUGAAGCCGAUGCUCAGAAGUGUGAAAAUACUGAUGAACUGGAUAAAAAGGAAAGCAAUACUGAGGCACCUGAAGGCAUCUUGGAGAAGAACGUGUCCUCGCUCAUUCCAAACUCCAAAAAACACAUGAAGCUGUGUCCCGUCUGCUCCAGGGCAUUUGAUAGCGUCAAAACACUAAACAGGCACCUGCAGUGCCACACAGACGAGCGGCCCUAUCAUUGCAUCCACUGCAAGAGGCGUUUUAAACACAUGCARGGACUGAAAAGACAUCAGAUUUAUGCCAUUUGUCAUAAGAAAAGCGCCCGUUUCUUUUGGAGAAAAGAGCAGCGAGCCGGGCCUAAUCAAAUUGAAGCGAGCGGCGUCGAUGCCCAAAAGGGAUCCCAGCAAAGGAUACCGGUGUGGUGCUCCAACUGUGGCAAACACUUUGAGUGUCCGUCUGCUCUGACAGAACACCAGGAGCAGUCGUGCAAAGUGGAAAUGGGGGACGUCCUGAGCUGCCGCGACUGCGGGAAGGAGUUCAAGACCAUGACGUUGCUCAAAGUGCACCAGAGGAUUCACGACCCGCUCUACUGCAAAGAGUGCGGAAAGAUCCUCGGAAACGAGACGGCGUUCGAGAGACACAAGCUGAUGCACAAACCGGUGCAGUGCACCAUGUGUGAUAAGACGUUCACCGUGCUGAGGCGCCUGAGGGAACACUACGAGAAGCAGCACAACUUCACCGGACCUUUCCCCUGUUCAAUGUGCGAUAAAUCUUUUGUCCAGUUGUCCUACCUCGCCCUCCACCAAAGAAUCCACCAGGGAGAGUUUCCUUACCCUUGCACCAUGUGUCCAGAGAAGUUCAGGUCCUCCAACUGUUUGACGGUCCAUCAGCGGAAACACACGGGGGAGAAACCCUUCCUGUGCUGGCAGUGCGGGAAAUGUUACCGCUCGGCCUCGGAGCUCACGGUCCAUAUGGGGACCCACUCGGAGGCGAGGCCCUGGGCCUGCAAGCAGUGCGACAUGGCGUACCGCACCAAGCUGCAGCUCACGAACCACGUGGAGCAAGUCCACAUCGGCGUCCGGUACCCCUGCACCACCUGCGGGAAGCAGUUCAUGAAGGAGAUGUCGCUGAAGCGGCACGAGCUCCUCCACACGGGCGAGCGGCCGCACCAGUGCACCGUGUGCGGUAAAACCUUCCUGACGGUCAACGAGCUCCGCCUCCACAACCGCUACCACACCGGGGAGCGCCCGUACAAGUGCGACGUGUGCAGCAAGGCCUUCAUCCAGUCGGGCUACUUGAAGUCGCACAUGCGCAUCCACACGGGGGAGAAGCCGUUCAAAUGCGACGUAUGCGACAAAAGCUUCAGGUUGUCGUACCACAUGAAGAAGCACCGGCGGAUUCACUCGGGGAAAACGAAGAGCUACACGUGCGAGGACUGUGGGGUGGAGUUCUACCAGAAGAAAGCUCUGUGGGAACACGCGCUCAGUCACGAAGUGAAAAUCGAAUCGACAUUCACAGACGAGGUCGCAAUAGAGUUUCAGUGAAAAUCCUCUUUCUUUUCAUGACCUGAACCUUUAAAGAGUCCAAAGUUUACCAACAAACUCUUAGGUUUUUAGGUUUUGUUCACAAGUUUAUCCUUUAUCUGCAGCUUUUCCCUUCCUUUCAGUAGUCUCCCUCAGCCAGCAGGUGGCAGUGUAGUCAUGAUAAUGACUGUCAGCUGUGAGUUGCCCCCUGCUGCCACAUCUGGGGCAUCCUGAUACAUAAAUACUAGAUUUUUCUUCAGUUAGAACUUGAAUGCCAACUCUCAGGAAACGCCACAGGUGUUGCACAACAAUCCGUUUGUCUACAUCAGAGGUUCUCAAACUGGGGUCUGCAAGAGUUAUCUUGGGGGUCUUCAAAAAAUUUCACUGAAUUGUUCAUUUGUUUUUUUAUUUUUAAAAAGGCAUAGGCAAAAAUGAACUAAUAAAACAAACAUAAUAAA